UAUUUGAAGUUCACAUUUCCAAUUUCUCUCUCAAUCUCUCUUUCGUCGACUGUAAAUUCAAUGGAAGGAACCGACCGAUGCUCUGCCAAUUGCGUUCCUCUCACUCCAAUCACCUUCUUGGAGCGCGCCGCCGCCGUCUUUGGCGACAGAAUUUCUCUCGUCUAUGGAAAUGUCCGCUUCACUUGGAGAGAGACUCUCGAACGAUGUACCAAACUCGCUUCUGCUCUAGUUCAACUCGGAAUCUCUCGCCGCGAUGUGGUUGCUGUUUUGGCACCAAAUGUUCCAGCUACAUAUGAGCUUCAUUUUGCUGUACCAAUGGCCAGUGCAGUUCUUUGUACACUCAACAUGCGCCACGAUGCAACAAUGGUUUCUACAUUGUUGAGUCAUUCAGAAGCUAAAAUCAUUAUAGUAGACUACCAAUUCCUAUCUAUUGUAAAGGCAGCAAUCAAAAUUAUGUCUAAGACGACGACAAAAGAGCUGCCUCGUAUUGUCAUUGUUAAAGAGUUUGAUCAUCCAUCCUCCAACAUCAACGGAUUCGAGUCUGCUUCAAAUGAUUUAGAGUAUGAAAGCCUUUUAGACACUGGAAAACUCGAUUUCAAAAUCAAACAUCCUAAAGAUGAAUGGGAUCCAAUUUCUCUUAACUAUACGUCAGGCACAACAUCAAGACCAAAGGGUGUGAUUUACUCUCAUAGAGGUACUUAUCUCAAUACUCUAUCCACAAUCCUUCUGAAUGAUAUGUCCUCAAUGCCUGUGUAUUUGUGGACUGUUCCAAUGUUCCAUUGCAACGGAUGGUCUUUGACUUGGGGUGUAGCUGCACAAGGCGGCACAAACAUCUGCCAAAGAAAUGUGACUGCCAAGGAAAUCUUUACCAAUAUUUCUCUACACAAGGUCACUCAUAUGGGCGGUGCACCGACUGUGUUGAACAUGAUCAUCAAUGCACCAAUUAACGAACAGAAAUCGCUUCCGUGUAAGGUAACCGUAAUGACUGGUGGCGCUCCACCACCUUCUCAUGUACUAUAUAAAAUGAGAGAAUUUGGAUUCCUUAUUGUCCAUUGUUAUGGUUUAACUGAAACAUGUGGAACAGCAACAGUUUGCCAUUGGAAACCUGAAUGGGAUGCCCUUCCUGAUGAUAAGCAAGCAAAGCUCAAAUCUCGUCAAGGAAUGCAACAUAUUGGGCUAGAAGGAGUGGAAAUUAAAGAUCCCAUCACCAUGGAAAGUGUUCCAGCUGAUGGGAAAACCAUGGGAGAAGUUAUGUUCAGAGGUAACACUGUUAUGAGUGGAUAUUUCAAAGAUUUUAAAGCAACACAAGAAGCUUUUAAUGGCGGAUGGUUUAGAAGUGGGGACUUAGGAGUAAGGCAUCCUGAUGGUUAUAUAGAAUUAAAGGAUCGUUCAAAGGACAUUAUAAUUUCUGGAGGUGAAAACAUUAGCUCAAUUGAAGUUGAAUCUGUACUUUUCAAUCAUCCAUCAGUUCUUGAAGCUGCUAUUGUAGGAAGGCCUGAUGAUCAUUGGGGCGAGACUCCAUGUGCUUUUGUGAAUCUCAAAGAUGGUUUUAAUGCUACAGAAGAAGAAAUCAUAAAGUUUUGCAGAGAUAAUCUUCCCCAUUACAUGGCUCCAAAAACUGUUGUGUUUAAAGAUUUGCCUAAAUCUUCUACUGGGAAAAUUCAGAAGCUUAUUCUUAAGGAGGAGGCCAAGGCCAUGGAUAGCCUUACUAAGAGGGUGACAAAGUAAUUCAUUAAAAAUAAAAUUGUAUUAGAUGGAACAAAUUAAACAGUCAA